AUGAGGAAGGUAGGUUGUGAUAGCAACAUUAUUACCACCCCAGAAACAUCAAGGAUCGUCAUCAUGAACUCCAAGCGAGGUUGGAGGUCACUGAGCGUACCUACACGCCUUAGCACAUUAGAGAAACAAUGCAUGGAAAAGAAGGAAAUGAAGGAACACACGUGUGAAGUCAUAUCUCUCGACUGGAAACAUAAUCAAGGAACCACCAACACUGGAGUAAAAAGGAUAGGCGACCAAAGGUGGAGAAUGAAGGAUAUUGAAAAUAAUCUUCUUAAUGAUGACCAUCCUAUAAACAGCCAAUCACGUCUCACACAUGAGCACAAAACUUGGGAAGCUCGCAUUCAUGAGCCACCAAAGGACACAAAGCUAGAAGGGAUAAGAAGAAGAAUUAGUCCUAAUGACAUGGGAUCCUCAGAGCCCAAACUCUUAACUCGAGGGGAAUCAAUGGAAGGGGCCAAGUGA